AUGCUCAGCAUCACCUUUGAUGGGUCCACACUGCGUGCGUUUACUUUCCUCAGUGCCGUGCAUGACACCAUUUCGAACGGAAGCAGUGACCCUCCACUCCUCUCUCAGCCCGGUCUGUCCACACUAUCCACUUCACCCUCUCCCUUCAAGCCAGAACGUCCCAGAGAUACACCUUUGAAAUCAUCCACAGCUACUGCUGUGUUCACUGCACCUCCGAUUGCAUGUCGAAGCCAGAACAUGCAAUGCGCUUGCUCAGACAUGUUUUCCCCUACAGCCCAAAUUAGCUCGUUCAACGCUCCGGAUUUCAACCCAGGUGAACCACUCACACUCGCUGUACGCUGUCGUAGUGCAUCCAUCUUUUCUCUCCUAUUGCGCAGCCUCAACCUCCACAACCUGCUCGACCCCAACCCACAUGCACACGCAAUUCGACUCACAGAGUCUGAGCGACGAUCAAAACGUGGUGACGAAGACUACGUUGAACAGCCUGAGGAUGCGUUCAUCAUUUUCCGACACGAAUCCCGCUCGCAGAAGAACCAGGCAGAGGCAGCUAGUGGUGCAGGGGUUGGGACUGUAGAAAUAAUAUAUUAUUUACUAUUUUUGUAUUCUGUAAUUUAA